AUUACCACUCACAAGUAAACAACGGAAAAAAAAGUGCCAUGGAUUGCCAUCAGCAAGAGUCAUGGAAGACAUACUUUAGAGAAAUAUCAGAAGAAGAUCUUUUAUUCAUUAAUAAAUAUUUGUUCUUGAAGUUCAGUUAUGAUCCCUUAAAUUCCAGGUCUAAUCCUUCACCCAACCACAUAUUAAAAAUGUAUUUGUCUCACAAAUUACUCUGCGCUCCUUGAAUUUUGCCUUAUACUUGUUUGGUGAUUCACCUAAUCCUUCUCGCACUGAAUCUCAUUAGCUUUGUAGUCAAGUUCUCAAGCAUAGAAGAAUCCAAUCUAUUGGGUAUCUUCAGCUGAAGAAAGUCUUUAACAUCCACCUGUAUAUCUGGACACUUCUCACCAAUCAACUGAAGUGCUGCUCAGAGUCCUGAAAUACUUUCAGAGUCCAAGUAUUUUUCAGCACUCAACUGAUGAUUUGCACAAAAUCCUGAGACAGAGCUCGUGGGUGGAAGGUGAUCAAAUGCAGGCCAAGGCAAGGACAUAAAAGCAGAGACACAUGCAAUUUGUGUUGUCCAUGUUUGCAUGUAAUUAAAGAUAAAGAAUGGGUAAAGUAAGGAAACUGGUUGUUGAGAUAGUUGCUGCUCACAACUUGAUGCCCAAGGAUGGUCAGGGUUCUUCGAGUGCCUUUGUAGAAGUAGACUAUGAUAAUCAAAGGAGUCGAACUCGUACCGCGGAGAAAACUCUUAAUCCUAUUUGGAAUAAUGAGAGAUUGGUGUUUGAUGUGCCCGAUCCAAUGAAUUUGCACCAUCAGAUUCUUCAAAUAAAUGUGUGGCACGAGAAGAAUCCUCCUCCAGGUAGAAAAUUUCUGGGUAAGGUGAAAAUUCAUGGUAGCACUAUUGUCAAGCAAGUUAUAGACGACGUACUAAAAUUUAACUUGGAGAAGAGGAGUAUUUUUUCUCUUAUCAAGGGAGAUAUUGAAUUGAAAAUUUAUACUUUUGAUGAGGAAGACAAAAAGAAGAGUGGUGGAGGAGGAGGAGAAAAAAUUCAGCAAAUUGAGUGGAAGGAAAAGGAGGUGAAGCAAGAGAAGCAGGAGACAAAAGAGGAGGAUAAGCCGGAGAAGCCGGAGAAGCAGGAUAAGCCGGAGAAGCAGGAGAAAGCAGAGAAGCAGGAAGCAACAGAGAAGCAGGAAAAACCAGAGAAGCAAGAGGUAGCAGAGAAGCAGGAGGCAGCAGACAAGCAGGACGCAACAGAGAAGCAGGAGAAAGCAGAGAAGCAGGCGGCAACAGAGAAACAGGAGAAACCAGAGAAGCAGGACGCAACAGAGAAGCAGGAGGCAACAGAGAAGCAGGAGAAAGCAGAGAAGCAGGAGGCAACAGAGAAGCAGGAGAAAGCAGAGAAGCAGGACGCAACAGAGAAGCAGGAGGCAACAGAGAAACCCGUGUUGGAGGUGAAGGAUGAACCUAAGCUGCAAAUACACAAACAGCAGAUAUCACAACCUGGGAUAUCAGUUGUUGCAGAGAAGAGAUCUGACCCAAAGAUAGUGAUAAUGCACGAUGUUCACUCACACCCUUCAGAUUAUGAAUUGAAGGAGACCUCUCCACAUCUGGGAGAUGCAAGAGACAAGGAUGGCAGAUGGGUUGGCAGCGACAGGACCUCCAACACCUAUGAUCUGGUGGAACAGAUGCAGUAUCUCUAUGUUAGAGUGGAGAAGUCCAGAGGUCUCUCGGCUAUGGAUAUCACCGGGACUUGUGACCCCUAUGUGGAGGUCAGGCUUGGGAACUACAAAGGCACCACCAAGCAUUUUGAGAAGAAUACAAAUCCAGAGUGGAAACAGGUUUUUGCCUUCGCCAAGGACAGGAUACAAUCUACUAGUGUUGAGAUAGUGGUGAGGGACAAACGAAUUGGCAAGGAUGAAUCUAUUGGGCAUGUUACUGUGGACCUCAAUGACGUUCCCACAAGAGUGCCUCCAGAUAGUCCCCUGGCACCUCAGUGGUAUAAGCUGGAGGACAAAAAAGGAGAUCCUAGGCAUAGAGGUGAGCUCAUGUUGGCUGUAUGGAUGGGUACACAGGCUGAUGAAGCCUUUUCAGAAGCAUGGCAUUCUGAUGCUGCCACAGUUCACAGUGAUGGAGUGGCAAAUCUUAAAUCCAAAGUAUAUAUGUCUCCAAAACUGUGGUAUGUAAGGGUUAAUGUCGUUGAAGCUCAGGAUUUGCUGGCUAGUGACAAAGGGCGUUCCCUUGAUGUCUGUGUUAAGGUGCAGCUUGGAAAUCAAUUGUUGAAGACAAAAACAGUUCAAUCUCGAACCACAAGUCCCAUGUGGAAUGAAGAUUUAAUUUUUGUUGCAGCAGAACCCUUCGAAGAACAUUUAAUCCUGUCAGUGGAGGACCGGAUAGGUGCAGGCAAGGAUGAAGUGAUAGGGAGGGCAAUAAUUCCUUUGCAUACAUUUGAAAAGCGUGUGGACUAUAGAAUUGUGCAAUCCAGGUGGUUCACUCUGGAAAGACACAAUAUUAUAGAAGGAGAGCAGAAGAAGAAGGAAAACAGAUUUUCAAGUAGAAUCCAUUUGAGGGUCUGUCUCGAGGGUGGUUAUCAUGUCCUUGAUGAAUCUACACACUAUAGCAGUGACCUCAGGCCUACUGCAAAGCAGCUAUGGAAGCCAGCUAUUGGCAUCUUAGAGGUGGGUAUACUGAAUGCAAAAAAACUACUUCCGAUGAAGACAAAAGAUGGACGUGGAACUACUGACGCCUACUGUGUUGCCAAAUAUGGUCAGAAGUGGGUCAGAACAAGGACACAGAUUGAUAACUUCAGUCCAAAGUGGAAUGAGCAGUACACUUGGCAAGUUUAUGAUCCAUGCACUGUUCUAACUGUGGGGGUUUUUGAUAACUGCCAUCUUCAAGCAGGGGCUAAAGCUACGGAUUCAAAGAUUGGAAAAAUAAGGAUUCGUCUUUCCACUCUUGAGGUGGACAGAAUUUAUACUACCUCUUAUCCUCUACUGGUACUGCACUCCUCUGGAGUUAAAAAGAUGGGAGAGCUUGAGUUGGCUGUCCGAUUCAGCUGUUCAUCUUUGGCUAACAUGAUGCACCUCUACGCCUACCCUUUGCUUCCAAAGAUGCACUACUUAUACCCUUUUUCUGUAACUCAGCUUGAAAACCUAAGAUACCAAGCCAUGAACAUUGUGGAGAUGAGGCUGAGCAGGGCAGAACCACCUCUAACGAAGGAAGUUGUAGAAUACAUGAUAGAUGGGGAUUCACACAUGUGGAGCAUGCGUCGGAGUAAAGCCAACUUUUUCCGCAUAAUGUCUGUACUCUCUCCACUGAUAGCAGUGGGCAAAUGGUUCAAUGAUAUAUGUCAGUGGAAGAACCCUGUCACCACCGUUUUGGUGCAUCUGUUGUUCUUCAUUUUGAUCUGUUAUCCAGAGCUGAUACUACCCACAGUUUUCUUGUAUAUGUUCUUGAUUGGCAUAUGGCAUUUCCGCUUCCGGCCCCGACUUCCAGCCCAUAUGGACACUCGCCUCUCUCAUGCUGAAGCAGUGCAUCCUGAUGAGCUUGAUGAAGAAUUUGACACAUUCCCUUCUACAAGAAACCCUGAUUCUGUUAGGAUGAGAUAUGACAGGUUAAGAAGUGUUGCAGGCAGGAUACAAACUGUAGUUGGAGACAUAGCUACUCAAGGAGAGAGAUUUCAAUCUCUCCUAAGUUGGAGAGACCCGCGCGCCACUACCAUGUUCAUCAUUUUUUGCCUAUUUGCUGCAAUUGUUUUGUACAGCACUCCUUUCAGAGUGGUAGCACUGCUUGCAGGUCUGCAUAUGUUGCGCCACCCAAGAUUUAGGCACAAGAUUCCUUCUGUUCCCAUCAAUUUUUUCAGAAGAUUGCCAGCACGAACUGAUAGUAUGUUGUGAGCUGUUAAUCCCUAAAAGUAUUAGGAGGCUGAUAUGUCAAAGUAGGUGUUUUGUUCAUUAUCUCCGUGCAUGUCUGGGCACAGGGAAUAUGAGGCUUUUUAUAUAGCAUAUGACUUUGUGGGUCAAAGUUAAAUCUCUGUAAAAUGUUUUGAGGAGUUGUCUGUUGUUAGAUUAGCGUAAAUCUUUGAUCCCUAAUGUAAUAUAACUUGUAUUUCUUCAAAAAAUAAUGGUUUUUCUUG